CCUAAAUCGUGUCUGGCUGGUGCAGUGGAGGCUUCCAGGAGCCCAUUGGGAAGUGCUGGAUAUAUGGUCACACAGGAGGAGCAGCAGCAGCCCCUGCACCCACUGAUAUAAGGAACCUGAAGGAAGCUGAGAAAUAUCUCCCACCUCAUCUAUGACAUCUCAGGAACAUCACACAUAGAGAUUUUCUCGGCUGCGGAGCGGCAGAAGUGUUUCCCCCGGAGCUGCGUGCGGUUCAUGAGCUGACAGGCGGCACUGAGGAACGCUCACAUGAUGGCAAAUCCGGUGACCUCAGCCUGCUGCCUGGUCCUCGCUGCCUCCGUGAUGGUCUGCGCUCAGAGACACGCUGACGCAGAAGCAAAGCCCAGAAGUCGCCCAUUUAUCUCUGAAUCCGGUUCAUUAGAUCGUAGCCAGAGCCAGCGAGCAGGACGCAGCCCGCAGAGAGAUCCCCACAUCCAGUAUGAAAAGAUCGGUUCUAACGUAGUAAUAAAAUGUGGAAGCAUGGAUCCCGAAGCUGCAGUCACGUGGACGGUCAACGGAACAGAUAUCGAUAACUCUCAGCUGAACGGCUCCGCUCUUCUUCUGCAUAACGUGAAUUUAUCACACAAUGGUUUCUACUCAUGUUUUGAAGGGUCCUCAUGGCAGCUUUGGCACCAAACCAUCCUGAAAGUGGGGCACCCUCCUAAGGAGCCGGUGCUGAUGUGCAGGUCUAAUAAUUACCCCGCGUCCUUCUACUGCAGCUGGCAUCUACCCAGUCCGACUUACAUCCCCAACUACUUCAACAUCACUGUUAGGCACGGCUCCACGCAGCUCUACUGUGAGAGAGAUCCCUUCCCCAAAAACAGGUGUCACAUCAAGUACAGCCGCCUCUUUUCCACCCUGAAGUAUGAGGUGACCGUCGUGGCCAGCAACGCUCUGGGGAAGAGCUCCAACACCAUCAGCUUCGAUGAGUUCAUGAUAGUGAAACCUGAUCCUCCAGAAAAUGUGCUGGCAAAGCCUGUCCACAGAAACCUCCGGAGGCUGGAAGUCACCUGGCAGAUCCCAUCCACCUGGCCGGACCCCGAAUCGUUUCCACUCAAAUUCUUCCUGCGAUAUCGGCCGUUAAUUGUAGACCAAUGGCAGCAUGUAGAAUUAUCAGACGGGACGUCACAUACCAUCACAGACGCCUACGCGGGUAAGGAGUACAUAAUCCAAGUGGCAGCCAAAGACUACGAGAUUGGCACCUGGAGUGACUGGAGUGUGGCCGCCCACGCUACGCCGUGGACAGAGGAGCCCAAGUACAUCACCACAGAAGCCCAAAAAACAGAGACGACAAUGACAAUCACGACCACAACCACGACGACUUACGUGACGCCUCCGACAACCAAACCAUGUGACCCAGAACCUACAUUGGGAGCAGCGGCCGUCAGGGUAUCCUGGAUCUCAAUAUUGUUACUGGUUCCAGUCGGGAUUUUACUUAUGUGAUUCCUGUGCCCCAUUCCUACAUAAAGUAUUUCAAUAUUUUUUCUCUAUUUUGCACAUGUUACGGAGGAUACAACUUAUUUUCAUGUUAUCUUCAUUGGUUAAGAAAUAUCUCUUCUUUCUUUGGAGCAAUGGACAAAUCCAACCAAGAACGGCGCUCAGCGCUGCGGUGCCAGAAAAAAAACAAACCAUGAGACUGUACAGUGAUACAAUGUGGACAUAUAAAAACAUGGCUGCCAAAACGAGUGCAAGGAGAGCGAACCAAACUCACAGACCGCACAGCAUCGCCGUGGGAGGAGCCACAGACUCAAUAGAGACUCUCUGGUUGAUGGGACGCUACGAUCGUCAUGGGAUCAUACAGCUAUACCGCCAUGCCAAAGACGCAACUGCUACGUUUCUUUCCCACCAUGCUGUGCUUCCCAGGUAAACACUGACGUCUUUCCGGAAAAAAAAAAUCUAAAAUAA